AUGAAGCACGAAAAGAAUUUUGAGAAUCUAAAGCAACAACUUGGUUUGCUCAGGAAAGAAGGUAACAUUCUGAAGUGCAAAGGCAGACUGGGGAAUGCUCCACGGGACAUCACAGCGAGUUACCCUAUUCAGUCACCAAGACGACAUCAUGUGACAAGACAGAUCAUGGAAGCCAUUUGAAGAAAACGCUUCAUCAGUGUGUUAUCUGCAAGAAACUAGAACGAUUGCCUUACAAGGCCCCCAAAAAAGCUGAUCUAUCCAAAACAAGGGUCACCAAUAUAUCCCUGCAUUCACACACGUGGGAGUUGAUUUUGCCAACCCAUUAUUUACAAAGACCACCAGAGGCACAGCCAAAACUUACAUCGGCCUGUUUACAUGUGCUACAUUCAGAGUAA